UGCCCUGUGUGCGCACUGCGCGUCCUGGCCUGUCAGUAGCAGCCGGUUGGAAACGUAGGCAAUGCAAUCGGUGAGGUCACGUAUUUUUAAGCCGCACGACGGGAUAAACCGUCCUUCAGCAGCGGCAUAAACAAACGGGAGAGCCGCGCCGGAUCGUCUCGACGCUCGCCCGGACCCACUUCAGAACAACGAUCGAUCGCUUGUUGGUUUGAUGACAGAGAGGACAUUUUUGGAUGCUCAGAAAGCAGUAAUCGAAGAUUUUGCCAUGAACAAAAACAAGCGAGACAGAGAGUUCUACAGCGUAGACGUCGGGGAUUCAACAUUUACAGUAUUAAAGCGAUACCAGAAUCUAAGACCCAUCGGCUCAGGAGCCCAGGGAAUCGUCUGCUCCGCUUACGACCAAACCCUCGAACGAAAUGUUGCCAUCAAGAAGUUGAGUCGACCCUUUCAAAAUCAAACUCAUGCCAAGAGGGCAUACAGAGAGCUGGUCCUAAUGAAAUGUGUCAAUCACAAAAAUAUAAUUGGAUUAUUAAAUGUGUUCACGCCACAAAAAUCCCUAGAAGAUUUCCAAGAUGUAUACUUGGUGAUGGAGCUGAUGGACGCAAACCUGUGUCAGGUCAUCCAAAUGGAGCUGGACCACGAGAGGCUGUCCUAUCUGCUCUAUCAGAUGUUGUGUGGCAUCAAACACCUCCAUGGUGCCGGGAUCAUUCACAGGGAUCUGAAGCCCAGCAACAUAGUCGUCAAAUCCGAUUGCACGCUGAAGAUUUUGGACUUUGGCUUGGCCCGGACGGCUGCCACGGGCCUCCUGAUGACGCCGUAUGUGGUCACACGCUACUACAGAGCACCAGAAGUUAUCCUGGGCAUGGGCUACCAGGCCAACGUGGACAUAUGGUCUGUGGGCUGCAUUCUGGCAGAAAUGGUUCGCCAUAAAAUCCUUUUCCCUGGAAGGGACUAUAUCGACCAGUGGAACAAGGUAAUUGAGCAGCUAGGCACUCCAUCUCAGGAUUUUCUAAUGAAGCUGAAUCAUUCGGUGAGAACUUAUGUGGAGAACAGACCACGGUACGCAGGAUACACUUUUGAGAAACUCUUCCCAGAUGUGCUCUUCCCUGCAGACUCAGAUCACAACAAACUGAAAGCAAGCCAAGCCAGAGAUCUGUUAUCCAAGAUGCUGGUGAUUGAUGCGUCAAAGCGAAUCUCUGUGGAUGAAGCCUUGCAGCACCCAUAUAUUAAUGUUUGGUACGACCCUGCUGAAGUGGAAGCGCCUCCGCCAAAGAUCCCAGACAGGACACUGGAUGAAAGGGAGCAUACUGUGGAGGAGUGGAAAGAGCUAAUUUAUAAGGAAGUGACUGAAUGGGAAGAACGUACAAAGAAUGGAGUGAUUAGAGGUCAACCUACUGCUUUAGGUGCAGCAGUGAUAGACAGUCCUCCUCAGCCCACGUCCUCCUCCUCCUCCUCCUCUUCCUCGACCAACGACGUCUCCUCCAUGUCCACGGAACCGACCGAUCCCAGCAGCGAUCCCGCUGUGGGCUCGGAGACAGACAGCAGCUUGGACAGCCACACGUCUCUCAGUGCGCUGGCCUGCUGCAGAUAACUACAAAAGCACACAUCUGCUGUAAAUGUUUAAAACGUAACCUUUCCUCAUCAGUGUGUGUGUGUGUGUGUGUGUGUGUGUGUGGAUGUGACGGGAGCGUUUUUAGACAACUUGAACUCCAUGUUAGUUUGUAGAGUUGAGGAUUUACUGUACAGUUUGUUCUUUGUCCCCGCUUCCACCUAUAAUGCUGUAAAUGAUUGUGGUUUGGAAGUGUAUCAUGAUUACUGUAUUUUUGCUGCAAAAAAUGAAAUGUUUUGAUGUGAAACUGUGAUGUAUGUAAUGGAAGGGAUUUGAGUGUCCUUUUAUCUACUGCUGUUUUUUUACUUACCACUGCAGUCAGAAAAAAACAAUGUAAUGACUGCAAAAUCAUGUUGAGUAUAUUUUUGCUUUUUAGUGGACUUUUGAAGGAACUUCUAGCAAUUCGCUCAGACAGCCGUUUAUAGCACAUUUCACCUUGAGCUGUAAUGCUAAUUAUAUGACGAAUGGCUUUGUUUUCAAUCUGUUACUAAGUUUUCUCGUAGAAAACAGAUAUCGGUGCAGCCAACUUAAUAUAUUUCUUUUUACAAAUCCGUCUUGAUUGUGUGCAUCUGAUGAAAAAUCUAAUGGUAAGGUUUUAUUUUUUACUAUAAAAAUGUUAUAAACAAACCUCAUUGUUCCCCGUUUGCGGGCGUAGACGUAAUUUGUAGGGGGCGCUUGGUUGGAUGAGAAGAAAGGGUGAAUGUUGCAGAGAAAUAAAAUGUUGACUUGGCAGGGGCGUGCUGUGAAAAUUUAACAUAAAACAUCAGCCAUAUGUAUUGGCACCCUGGUGGAGAUGUUGAGAAAGCUGUAUAAUGUAUAUUUUAUUGCAGUAGCAUGAUCUCACAUGAACAGAAAAAUUAAAAAACUGACAGACUUAACUUGAAAUUUAGAAAAUUGCA